UUUUUUUUUUUUCUUCAGGAAUCCUGGUUUCGGGGCACAGACGAGACUUCGGCAGACACACGGCGGUAAAGCCGGCUCGUCGGCUCCCGCCGCUUCACUUCGUCCAGACAAAUAAGCCACUGCCCUCCACAUCCCCACCGCGCCCGCCCGAGGCGCGGACCGGACGCUCGGAGCGCUCUCCACAACCCCGGGAUGCGACUCCUUGGCAUCCGAGGCCGGAGAACUAUUUGUCGCGCCAAGGCUCUCGGCCCUCGUGAGGGGACGAACUCGACCCGGGAAACCGCUGAGGAAAGACCCCAGCUUCCGUGAGGCCUAGUCGCCCCGGAGGCCUGCAGGAGGGCCUAGCCGCGGUCCCAGCCCAUGUCGCUCUGUGCCCCGCGCCAGGUCACCGCCCGGAGACAGUGGGCAGAGAAAUAAAAAACGUGGGUACUCCCAGACCCUUCCGUAUCGAGGACCCCCAUCAACAACCCACCUGGUGAGCGCCAUCUUCUUCCGCUUCUUCCAGCGCGAGCGACAGCACCGCGGGGCGGGUCUUUCCCCUGGACGAGGAGGGGAAAGGAAGGAGCACGCGAUGCGCAGGCGCCUCGGCCGAACGGCCUUCUGGGAUUCGUAGUUCUUUGGACAAGAGAGUGCGAUUCUGUCCUAAGCCGACCGCGCGGUUAUCAUGAGACUAAGGCUUCAGUUAAGGCAGAUGCAUCGCUGGUACCCUGUGACGGAAUAGGGCGUUCCCUAUUCUUCCAAAAUAACGGAGGCAUAUACAUUGGCAGCCCCUGGUGUGGAAAGGUAACCUCACGAUGUGAAGCAGUGCCAUACUGGAGGACAUCCUGUAUUGUGUUGAAUAAAAGAGGCGGGAGUGAACUUCCUUGUCCUGUUCCUGAUGUUAGAGGAAAAGCUUGCAACCAUUCACUAGGUCUGGGAACAUGGCCAGAAGGGCUCUGAAGCUUGCUUCGUGGACCGGCGUGGCUCUUGCUGCCUCGGGCUUCUAUCUCUACAGUAACAAGUACUUGGAUCCUAAUGACUUUGGUGCUGUCAGGGUUGGCAGAGCAGUGGCAACGACAGCUGUCAUCAGUUAUGACUAUCUCACCUCCCUGAGGAGUGUCCCCUAUGGCUCAGAGGAGUACUUGCAGCUUCGAUCCAAGGUGCACCUCCGUUCUGCCAGGCGUCUUUGUGAGCUCUGCUGUGCCAACCGGGGCACUUUCAUCAAGGUGGGCCAGCACCUGGGGGCUCUGGACUACCUGCUGCCCGAGGAGUACACCAGCACGCUGAAGGUGCUGCACAGCCAGGCCCCGCAGAGCAGCAUUCAAGAGGUCCGCCAGGUCAUCCGUGAGGACCUGGGCAAAGAGAUUCAUGAUUUGUUCGUGAGCUUUGAUGACACCCCUCUGGGGGCCGCCUCCCUGGCCCAGGUUCACAAGGCGGUGCUACAUGAUGGGCGGACAGUGGCCGUGAAGGUCCAGCACCCAAAGGUGCAGGCUCAGAGCUCGAAGGACAUUCUCCUGAUGGAGGUGCUUGUCCUGGCUGUGAAGCAGCUGUUUCCAGAGUUUGAGUUUAUGUGGCUGGUGGAUGAAGCCAAGAAGAACCUGCCUUUGGAGCUGGAUUUCCUCAAUGAAGGGAGGAAUUCUGAGAAAGUGGCCCAGAUGCUCAAGCACUUUGACUUCUUAAAGGUCCCCCGCAUCUACUGGGAUCUGUCCACCAAGCGAGUGCUUCUGAUGGAGUUUGUGGACGGCGGCCAGGUCAACGACAGAGACUACAUGGAGAAGAACAAGAUCGAUGUCAACGAGAUCUCACGCCACCUGGGCAAGAUGUACAGUGAGAUGAUCUUUGUCAAUGGCUUCGUGCACUGUGACCCCCACCCUGGCAAUGUGCUGGUGCGGAAGUGCCCAGGCACAGGGAAGGUGGAGAUUGUCCUGCUGGACCACGGCCUCUACCAGGUGCUCACAGAUGAGUUCCGCCUGGAUUACUGCCAUCUCUGGCAGUCACUGAUCUGGACUGACAUGAAGAGGGUGAAGAAGUACAGCCAGCGCCUGGGAGCUGGGGAUCUUUACCCCUUGUUUGCCUGCAUGCUGACGGCCCGGUCUUGGGACUCUGUCAACAGGGGCAUUGGCCAAGCUCCAGUCACUGCCACUGAGGACGCAGAGAUCCGUAACAACGCAGCCAAUUACCUCCCCGAGAUCAGCCAGCUCCUCAACCAUGUGCCUCGCCAGAUGCUGCUCAUCUUCAAGACCAACGACCUGCUCCGUGGCAUUGAGGCUGCUCUGGGCACUCGUGCCAGUGCCAGCUCCUUCCUCAACAUGUCACGAUGUUGCGUCAGAGCGCUGGCCAUGCACAAGAAGAAGAAUGCCAGCUCGUUAUUCAGAAGGACCCAGAUCUCUUUCAGAGAGGCCUUCAAUUUAUGGCAGAUCAACCUUCACGAACUCAUUCUGCGUGUGAAGGGAUUGAGGUUGGCCAGCUGGGUCUUGGCCCUGCUUUGCUGGCUGUUGCCCACUCCAUGCUGAGUGGACCUGCUGUCCCCUUUCCCUUUCCAAUGUGAUGCUGUGGUGGGCAAGUGGACUUUUCACUCCUUGUGCUUUUGUCAUGUCUCCACCCAGGUGCCCUGUUGCUGUCACAUGUUGACCUGGAGCCCCACAGUCAUUGUCCAUGGCACCAUUAUACUCCACCUCUGGAAUCCCAGUCCUACACUGCAGCCCUUGUCUUUGGGCCCACAAGCUGUACCAUGCAAGAGGUUUCUCUCCUUAUCCAGGAAGAUGACACAAGUCUCUUUCCUGCUUCUGGCAGGCACCAUUGGGCUGGAUGUCCCCCUACUUCCGGUAACCAUUCCUGUCAUUGGGGUGGACUAUGAAUCCCACUGACUUCCUACAGGAAUUCCUACACUUAGCUUGUGGGAAGUUUGAUUUUGUGGAAAGAGAGCAUAGUUUCUGAGAGUGCUAGGAACAGACUCCCUCUCCUUGCCCUGUCACUCCCCAGACGGUGUUGCACCUGAGCAAGAUGGCUUGGCCUCCGAGGCAUGAGUUCACUGCUGUCAUGGUGACCCCUUUGGUGUUUUACAUACUGUGAGUCAAUAAAAACCCCUUCAAGGUUGCAGGGAAGGGCUUUGUUGGCAGGAUUUUUAUUCUAGGUUGGGAGUGAAUCCACGUUGGCCAUUAGGUAAGAAUAGACCUGGAUGCCAUGUGCCACUGUGUUCUAGUUGGCAUCAUGCCCCUGUCACCCUUUCAGCCUUUCCCCGUGUGACCACUUUCUGUCCUUUGUAGGUCCUUCUUUCUUACCUUCCAAGACUCUCAGACUGGUUGGAGAAGUUGAGAAGCCCAAGGCCAGGAACUCGGAAGCUCAGCAGAAACCCCUGACUUUGGUUUCCCUGGGUUCUCAUCACCUUCCCUGUGAGCUGGCACAUGCUUUGUUCCACUAAUUGCCUCCUGACUUAGCCCUUUGGCUUGUCAUUUCAUGUCACCAGUCCCAGAGUCCAUAGUGUAAGCCUCGGCCACUGUGGAUUGGUUUCACUCUGAAACCUCACUGGCGCCUGUCUGGACUCCAUGCUUCCACCUGUUGCCCACAGGUGGCCAGAGCUGCCACGCCCCCACUCAGUCAUCUGCUCCUGUUUCUGGGACCUCCCCAAACUCCUACUGUAACUCCAGGUCCCCAAGAGACCCCUCCCAUUUGGCAGGUCCUACUAUUACUGAGUACCCAUGCUCACAGACAGUCGUUGUAUUUGAGUCUCUGUGAUCUCUUACUUCACUCCAUUCACAGGGGCAGGAAACUGCUAAAUAUGAGUCUCCUCUUCUCUUUAUUCAUAAUUCAACGAGCGGAUUUUCCACUGACCAGAGAUGAUUUGCAAUCCCUUUAUUUCCUGAAAGAAUUAAUUGUUCUUAGUGACCAGUUGGAUGCACCCAGGGACCUGAGAGAAUAAUUUGCAAGAUCUGUUAUUAAUCAUGAGGAUGCAUGCUGCAUAUUAUAUUUUAUGGUGUCUUUUAUAGCCACUGAAGUAAAUAUAAAUGUCCUUUUUGUUCAAGGUAA